GCUAGAACCCUAACACUUGAGCUCCAAUUACUCCGAAUAUACAUCCGGUUUUGGCCACAAUUCGUGCAUCUCAUACCUAUAAUUCUCCUAUACUAGUUUAUAGAUCCUCUCGGUCCUCACAAAUUGGUAUCAUGAGCCAUCGUUCUUCGGCGGAAACGCUCUGCUGGUGAAAUUUUUCGCCGGUAGGCGAAUCCCACCCUUUUCGAGAGCGGCAACGGCGAGGCGGCGUUGGCGGCGGGGUCCGACGUGGUGGCGCAGGCGGCGGUGUUAAUUCGGGCACAAAUCGGUCGAGCAGAAGCGGUUGUUCGAACAUCUUGUUCGUUCGGUAAAAUUCCGCGUUCUAAGCUCCGAUCUGUGUGCCAGGGAGGCGAGAUCAGUGGCGGCGGCAGGAUCUGUGGUAUUGGGAAGGGUUGCUGAGCCUUCAGUGGUAAAUUCCGUACCCAUACCUCGGAUCAAGGCGAUGGGGCGUAACAAGGUAAUCGAUGACACUGAUCUCCAGGAAAUAUUAGCCAUACGUGAUGAAUUUGGAGUCUUGCAAAAGGACAACGGUCAGUUACAGACUCAGGUGUCAAAGCUUCAUACGGAGGUGCAAGAAAUUGGGUCUAAGCAGAGAGAGAUCUCUGCCACUGUAGGCGAUGUGGAACGAGUGGUGCUGGACUUGGGUAAACAGUUGUCAGUAAUCAGUAAUGUCCUGCAAACUCUGGUGAAAACAACUCAAUCUACACAACAAGCAGAUCGUCCUUCUAGUUCUCAAGAAGUACCCAAAUCCCCUACACUGAAUCAAGAUCACUCUCAAGAACAAGAGGCAAGAUUGGAGCAGUUACGAAAACAACUAGCAGCAGAGAAAGAAAAGUCUAAACAAUUAGAAGAACUCCAGCUUCAGAAUCUGCCACCAAUCAGAGUGAAUAGAGCAGAGGGUCCUCCUGGAUUUGCAAACCAAGGAAGACAGGAACAACAUAGUACAGUGGUCACCCCUACAGCAGCAAGACAACAAGUUCAUACUCCUGCAUUCAACCAGUUCUAUCAGCAGAACAGAGAAAGACAAAUGUGGCAGGGUUAUCACAGAAAUUAUGAACAAGACAUGCAAGCCCAGUUCAUGAGAGCAUUAACAAAAGGUCCUAAAAUGGAGUUUCCCAAAUUUUCAGGAGAAGAUCCAGUGGGAUGGAUCAGACAAGGCAACAAAUACUUCCAGAUGGCUGCUGCUCCAGAAGAGUAUAAAGUGUCAUUAGCUCAACUAUAUAUAGUGGAUGAGGCUGAUGUAUGGUUGAGAAGAUCUGGGCUGCUCAAGAAACAACUCUCAUGGAAACAAUUUGGGGCAGAAAUAGUUAAGAGGUUCUCAGAACAAGGAUCAUAUGAUCUUACAGAAAAAUUCACUUCCUUGAAACAAGCAAACAACACAGUUGUUGCAUAUACAAAGCAAUUUGAGGAUCUGAUGGCAGAAGUUCUGGAAGAAAAUCCUGAACUAGGAGAAACCUGGUUCAUAAGGUGCUAUGUCAAUGGUCUCAGAGAUGGAAUUAAAUUCCAGCUGAGACCACUGAGACCACAGUCCUUAACUGAUGCCUACUGUCUAGCAAAAGAAGUAGAACCCAAUCAUCCACCUAUCAGUGCUAUGCCCAAGAAAAAUACCAGUACCUUUGUCAAUUAUUAUCAGAAGAACACUGGUGCCUUUCAGAACAAAACUAACAACAACACUGUUCCUGUGCAACAAAAUACUCCAGCAAAGCAAGUAGAACACAACACAAACACUUUCACAAAACCGAGGAAAGUGGGAGAAUGCUGGAGAUGUAGGGACAAAUGGGUACAUGGUCAUAAGUGCAAGUUAAUCCCAAAUGUUCACUUGUUGCAAACAGAUAGUGUAGAGCAAGAAACCUUGGAAGAGGAAGUGUUACAUCAAGAGCAAGAAGAAAUUCCUGAAGAAGGGGAUUAGGCAAUGUUCAUUACUGCUCAUGCAUUAGGCCAGCAAAUAGCAGUACCUACACCUACUAUGAUUAUUCAUAUAAAUGGAAAAAGAGCAACUGCUUUACUGGAUUCAGGCAGCAGUGCUUCAUUUAUAAGUCAAGAAUUUGCUGUUAAAGCAAAUUGUCACUUAUUGUAGUGAAACCCAAACUUAUUGCAGCAGCUGGUGGGGGUAAAUUAACUUCCACAGCUGUGGUACCCAACUGUGAAUUCCAACUGGCCAAACACACCUUGCAGUACAAUUUCAGAGUUUUACCUUUGCCUGGAUAUGAUGUGAUUCUGGGAUACGAUUGGUUUACUCUCAUGAGUCCAGUAGUCUUCAACAUACCAGAGAACACUUUCAGUUUCUCAUUGCAAGGAAAGACAACAGUUACUGCUGCAAUCUUAACACACCAGAGAAAGUUAAAGAGGUGCCAGCUGAGAAAAUGAACAAAUUACUGGAUAAGGGAGCUGAAGCAUUUUUGCUGCAGGUGCAUAAUAUCAUUCUACAAGCUCCUGCUGGUUUCAAAACUCCUCCUCAAGUGCAGAAAUUUUAAUGGAAUAUGCAGAUUUAUUUGAGGAACCCCAAAACCUGCCUCCACAUAGGGAGUGUGACCACACAAUCCCUCUCAUGCCUGGUACUGAACCUUCUUGUAACACCCCGGAUGUAAUUUACCUUAUACGUAUCCCAACUCUUGCCGUUUCCGGCGCUAAGUUAUUUUAUUUCCUCGGGUCGUUGUCAUGCA